GAGCGCUUACCCGGGUUGACAGGCGCGACGUUCCGCGAAUUGACCCUCACCGGCGCCCGUACAAACAGCGGAUGCGCACGCUUCUCUUUUUUUUUGUUUUGUUUCCCCCUCCUCUUCCUCCGCCAGUUUCCUGUCAGGAGGCGGAUGGCAGAAGCAGGGCCCGGCUCGGAGCGGGAGGGACGAGUUGGGGAGGCGCCUUGACUGGAGCGCAGCGGCCUGACACCUCGCCGGAGAGACAAGGCACUGAGAAUAUUAAAAAGGUGAUAAUGCACCAUGGCAAUGGUCCUCAGAAUGCCCAACGCCAGCUCCAAAGGUCCCGCUCCUUCACUGGCAGUGAGGGUGAAGACCAACAGGCGAACCUGCCCCAGUCCCCAGCACCUUCGUUUGCUCCUUCAGCAAGCCCAUCAGCACCACAGUCUCCCAGUUACCAAAUCCAGCAGUUUAUAAUGAGCAGAAGCCCAGUCACUGGGCAGAAUGUGAACAUCACCCUGCAGAAUGUGGGACCGGUUGCGACAGGAAACCAGCAGAUCACGCUUACUCCGUUGCCGAUCCCGAGUCCGACCUCCCCGAGUUUCCAGUUCAGCCCUCAGCAAAGGAGGUUUGAGCAUGGGUCCCCCUCCUACAUUCAAGUUACUUCGCCGUUGCCACCACAGGCUCAGUCUCAGAGCCCCACACAGCCUAGCUCUAUGCCAGUGCAGUCCAUAUCAAAUGUUCGGGCGGGCACCCCAGGGCCUGGCUUGGGGAUGUGCAGCCAGAGCCCAACACGAGGCUUUGUUGAUGCAAGCGUUCUCGUGAGACAGAUUAGUUUGAGCCCUUCAAAUGGUGGACACUUUGUGUAUCAGGAAGGCUCUGGCAUCACCCAGAUAUCUCAAGGCACCACAGCUCAGGUGCAGCUUUCAUCUUCUGGAGCACCUGCUGCGGUUAGAGAACGUAGGCUGUCACAGCCCCACUCGCAAACCGGUGGCACCAUACACCACCUUGGACCACAAAGUCCCGUCGCUAGUGGAGCAAAUAUCCAACCUUUACCUAGCCCUGGUCACAUUGCAACAAAUAACCUGCCACCUCAUAUCAGCAACAUCAUCCAAGGGAUGCAGCAACAGCAGCAGGUUCUCCAAGGUCAGCAGUUGAGCAGAUCCCUGGGAUAUGACCGGACUUCUAGUGGGCUGAUAGCUGGGGUUGGAGGAGCUUCUGCUUUUGGAAUGACAUCACCGCCACCUCCCACAAGCCCUUCCCGGGCCAGCAUGCCCCAGGGCCUGACAAGCCUCCCUCUUGCUCCUUCAGUAAGUGCUGUGGUGAAAAAAACAAAGAAACUGGAAGAGAUCCCCCCAGCCACUCAAGAAGCCGCUCAACUGAGAAAGCAAUGUUUGGACCACCACCUCAAGGAAAUGGAGGUGUUGAAAGAUGCUUUCAAAGAGUAUUUGAUUGAGUUGUUUUUCCUGCAACACCUGCAUGGAAAUAUGAUGGAUUUCUUAGCUUUCAAGAAGAAGCCUUGUGCGGCGUUGCAAGCAUACCUCAGGCAGAAUGACUUGGAUUUGGAGGAAGAGGAGGAAGAGGAACAAUCUGAGGUUAUCAAUGAUGAGGUAAAGGUUGUGACAGGAAAGGAUGGGCAGACUGGUACUCCUGUUGCUAUAGCAACCCAGCUUCCUCCAAAUGUUUCUGCUGCUUUUUCAUCCCAGCAGCAACCAUUUCAGCAGGCGCAUGCAGGGACUCCAGUAACAGGAACUGUGAAUACCAUAGAAAUUGAAGCUUUUAAGAGACAACAGGUGCUUACAUCAGCAGAUUCGUCUAAGAGACCCCGAAUUGAAGUGGGCCGUCAUGGGAUGGUUUUUCAGCAUCCAGGUGUGACUUCAGGAGUCCCUCUUCAACAACUCAUGCCAACAGCACAAGGUGGAAUGCCUCCCACCCCUCAAGCGGUACAGCUCACCGGGCAGAAGCAGAGCCAGCAACAGUAUGACCCCUCCAAAGGGCCUCCUGUGCAGAAUGCGGCAAGUCUCCACACUCCCCCACCUCAGCUGCCUGGGAGGCUGCAGUCAAGCAAUGUCCCCCUCCUGCCUCUCCCAGCAGCCCUGCAGCUUACGCAGCCGCCACAGCCGCCGAUCACAGACUCUCUGGCGCAACCUCAGAUUCACGUGAAGGCCCAGCCGCAAAGUGUAUCCGUUGCCGCUGCCAUGCCGCAUGGCCAAGUUCAAGUGCCGCUUCAGCAGCAGCUUCAGUCAGCGGCACUUGUACAAGGGCAGAUAACAGCCCAGGUAUCCCAAGCACAAGCUCCAGCACAGCAACAGGCAGUGACCACAGCACGACCUUCGGCAGACACCGUCCAAAAUUCCCAGCGUCUUCCAGCAAGCGUGCUUCCUCCUACCUCAUCCAACCCACCAGCAACUGUUUCCAGCAUGGCACCACAGCCCGCUUACCCGGCACAAACCAGUCGAACUUCGCCAGCGACAAAUAAAGCAACUUCUCCCAUUGCUUCCAAGCCCCCAGGUUUGGCUGUGACAGCAGCACCAAAGAUUCAGAGUCCGGCUCAAAAUACAACAGUUCUAGCACAGGACAGCUCCCAAGAGAAGCUGGCAGAACAAGUUAAGCUGGAAAACCAAGUCCAUCAACGAAUAGCAGAGCUGAGGAAGGAAGGUUUGUGGUCUCUGAGACGGCUGCCCAAACUUCAAGAGGCUCCCCGACCCAAAUCUCAGUGGGAUUAUCUCCUGGAAGAAAUGCAGUGGAUGGCGACAGACUUUGCUCAAGAAAGGAGGUGGAAGAUGGCCACUGCUAAGAAGAUGGUUCGGACUGUGGCUCGAUACCAUGAAGAAAAGAAGCUUAAUGAAGAGAGGGCCAGGAAAGAAGAACAGAACAAGCUGAGGCGCAUUGCUGCGACAAUUGCGAGAGAAAUAGAGUAUUUCUGGUCUAAUAUUGAGCAGGUUGUGGAAAUAAAGCUUCAGAUUGAAUUUCAAGAGAAAAGGAGAAAAGCGUUAAAUUUAAAGAGACGACAUUCCAGGAGAGGUAAAGAUGCAAGACAUUUAGAAGAUAUUCUUAUGGACAAAGAAACAGACUUGGGGCCAUGGACAUCUGGAAGAAAAAGAAAGGCAAGCACAUCAUUGACAGAUGAUGAAGUUGAAGAUGAAGAGGAAACCAUUGAAGAGCAGGAAGCUAAAGAAGGCAAUGUCAACCAUCAAAGUGAGCUAUCCAAUUUGGCAAAGGAAGCUGAACUGUCUUUGGAUGAUUUGGUGAAGAUGUAUGAAGGUGCCUUUGCCGAUAAUUUUCACUGGCCCCAGCCGAAGCUUGAAGAAGAGACUAGUGAAGAAGAGAUGGAAGACCACACAGCUGAAAGGGAGAGUGUCCAGAAGGAAGUUAUCCUGAUCGACUCUCUCCUUAGCAUUGAUCAGUAUAAGGGUGCCGAGAGAGCAGUUCCUACUAAGAAACACGGGAGGGACAUUGCGGAGGUAGCGGCUGCAGCUGAAGCACUUUUGCCAAAAGGCAGCGCCCGAAUCACAACUUCGGUCAAAUACAACACUCCUCCCCUCUUGUAUGGCUCCCUUCGAGAGUAUCAAAAGAUCGGAUUGGACUGGCUUGCCAAGCUGUACAAGAAGAAUCUCAAUGGCAUUUUGGCAGAUGAAGCUGGGCUUGGCAAAACAGUGCAAGUUAUUGCUUUUUUUGCACAUCUGGCGUGUAAUGAGGGUGACUGGGGCCCUCAUCUCAUUGUUGUUCGGAGUUGUAAUAUAUUGAAGUGGGAGCUUGAACUGAAGCGAUGGUGCCCUGGGUUGAAAAUCCUGCUCUACAUUGGCAGCCAGCAAGAACUUCGAAUGAAAAGAAAGGAGUGGAUGGAACCCAACAGCUUCAAUGUGUGCAUCACAUCCUACAAGCAGCUCUUCAAAGGCCACCAAGCCUUCACAAAGAUGCGAUGGAAGUACCUCAUUGUUGAUGAGAUGCAACAGAUCAAAAACAUGACGGAGAAACACUGGGAAGCACUUUUCAGUCUCCGCAGCCAGCACCGCUUGCUCCUAAUUGAUACACCUCUGCACAACACAUUGAUGGAAUUGUGGACCAUGGUGCACUUCCUGAUUCCAGGAAUCUCCAAACCUUACCUGGAUUUCCCAGUAAAAGCAGCCAAUGAGGAGAAUCAGGAUUACUGCCACAAACUUGUCAUCAGGUUACACCGAAUGAUCCAGCCGUUUAUUUUGCGAAGAUCGAAAAGAGAUGUUGAAAAGCAGUUAACCAAAAAAUAUGAGCACGUGCUCAAGUGUCGGCUUUCAAACAGACAAAAACUUAUGUACGAAGAUGUCAUUCUGCAGCCGGGAACCCAAGAUGCUCUAAAAAGUGGGCAUUUUGUCAGCGUUCUUCAUGUUCUGAUGCAGCUGCAGAAGAUCUGCAACCAUCCUGAUCUGAUAAACCCUCGGCUCUCCAGUUCCUCCUAUGUCUCAGAGACACUGCAGUAUAGAACUGCUUCGCUGGUCUUCAGAGCACUUGAACGUGACCUUUGGAAGGAUACGGACCUGAGUCUCUUUGAUUUGAUUGGGAUUGAGAAUAAAAUGACUCUGUAUGAGUCACAAGUGCUUCCAAAGCAAAAAGUGACCAGAAAGCUAAUUGAGGAAAUAUACACCUCUCCUCUACCUCCCCCAAGGCCUAAUCCAGUGAAGUUGAAGCCAAGCAGGUUGUUCCAAGCCGUUCAAUAUGGGCAGAAGCCUGAAGGCAGAAUUGCAGCUUUCCCCAGUGCUCAAGUGCAGCAACGCACAGUGACAACGGCUACAGUGGCUCAACAGGGGCAAGUGCGUGGAAGGUCGCCUGUAGCUACAGUGUCUGCAAAUCAAGGUACGAAAGCCUCCGCAGCCGUCUCCUCCGCAGCUCCACAGUUUCAGACAACUCAGUCUUCCAUCAGUGCUCCUCCAAGACAGCAGCCAGCAGUGACCUUCACAGCAGCAACUAGCCCAGCCAAUCCUGCGAAACUGCGGGGUCAGACCACUGUGCAGGCCUUACAGCUAGGCCAGGCCCAGCCACAGGCCCCCCCGCACACCAUCCAACAGAGUGUGCUGCCUCAGAGGCUGGUAUUGACCUCUCAGGCACAGGCACGGUUGCCUAGUGGCGAAGUGGUAAAGAUAGCCCAGUUGGCAUCCAUUGCAGGAGCACAGGGCAGAAUUGCUCAGCCAGAGACUCCUGUGACGCUGCAGUUUCAGGGGAAUAAAUUUACUUUAUCUCACAGUCAGCUUCGCCAGCUCACCGCAGGACAACCUCUGCAGCUGCAAGGCAGCGUUCUACAAAUUGUGUCAGCUCCUGGGCAGCAGUACUUGCGGCCUCAGGGCCCAGUAGUCAUGCAGACAGUGUCUCCAGCUGGGACUGUUCAAAAUGCUCUGAAUGCUUUGGGAAACCAGCACCCAGCUGGCUUGCCAGCUCCGGCAGUAGCACAGCAAGUGUGUGUUCUAGGUAGAACAAUGGGUGGUACUAAUUUAGCUUCGGGGGACUCGGCGUCAUCUUUAAAACCCGGCCUUAUUCUCGGAGGACACUCACAGGAGUCGUUUGAGGAAAAAAACAGGAAUCUAAAGGAGCGCCUUGACCGGAUCUUUUCUUGCAAUGAGCGUCGCUGUUCCAGAGCACCAGUGUAUGGCCAGGACCUUGUGAGAAUUUGUUCUCUAGUUGGGGACAGAAAGAUGAGCCCUCAGUUUUCCACUGGAGGCAGCAAAUGGAGCUGGGCUGGUUUUGCAAACUGUCUCCUCUCGUCGAAUCCCUCUUGGGACCACAGUGAUCCACUGCAAGGGCUGACACGGACACUGGAGCAGCAGCAGGGCUCUCUGAGGGAUGCUGUUAACAGGCUGCUCUGUGUGCUGCCAUCUGCAGUGGCUGCUUCUCCGUCUUUGCACAUGGCGAGGCUUCCUCCUUUGUACAGCCAUAGAAUGAAACUACUCAGGCACCGUCUGAAAGAGGCGGCCUCACCUUACUUGAGUCAGCUGCAGCAGCUCACCACCCCACAAUUGCUUCAGUUUCCUGAUCUCCGACUUGUUCAGUACGAUGCAGGCAAGCUGGAAGCCCUGGCGGUCUUGCUUCAGAAGUUGAAGUCGGAAGGACGCCGCGUGCUGAUCUUGUCCCAGAUGAUCCUCAUGCUAGACAUCUUGGAGCUCUUCUUGAAUUUCCACUUCUUCACCUACGUGAGGAUUGAUGAGUGUGCUAAUCAGGAAGAGCGGCAGGAACUGAUGAAGACUUUCAACAGAGACAAGCGCCUCUUCUGUGCAAUUCUGUCUUCACACAGCCGCUCCACAGGCGUCAACCUUGUGGAGGCUGACACCGUUGUGUUUUAUGACAACGAUUUAAAUCCAGUGAUGGAUGCUAAGGCUCAGGAAUGGUGUGACAGAAUUGGCAGAUGCAAAGACAUCCAUAUCUACAGGCUUGUCAGUGGAAAUUCAGUAGAAGAGAAGCUCUUAAAAAAUGGUACUAAGGAUUUGAUCCGAGAAGUAGCAGCUCAGGGAAACGACUAUUCUAUGGCCUUUUUAACACAGCAAACGAUUCAGGAACUCUUUGAGGUUCAUUCUCCAAUGGAGGACUCUGGCUUCCGCGUGAAGGCUGAAGAAUUUGUGAUGCUUACACAGGAGCCCUCCCCAGCUGAAACCAUAUCUCCUAAGGUUGCAAGACCUUUUAUAGAGGCUCUCAAAAGUACGGAGCGAGAAGAGGAGGAGGAGUUGAACACAUGCAUUCAGGUCUCAAAGACUGAAUCAGCUUUGGAACCUCUCAUUUCUGAAAUCGGCAAGUCCCAGUAUCUUGAUGAGCCUUCUCAGCUGCAGGAGUUGGUUGCUGUUGUGGAUCAGCUCACCCCAAUUGAAAAGUACGCUUUGAAUUACCUAGAGCUCUUCCAUAUUUCCACUGAUGAGAAUGAACUGAAGGAAAAUGAGAUGGAAGUAAGAACUGCCAAAAAGGUGUGGGAAAAUCAUCACCUGAAGUCGCUGAAAGAACAAGAGGAGAAAAUGCUUUUGGAUGGGGAGGAGGAGGAACUUCUCACCUACACUCGGGAAGAUGCAUAUAACAAAGAAUAUAUUUAUGAAGGCCCAGAUGGACAAACUGAAAUAAUGCCGCUCUGGACUCCCCCAACUCCACCUCAGGAUGACAACGACAUCUAUAUCGACUCCGUCAUGUGCCUGAUGUAUGAGAGCACCCCGAUUCCGGAGUCCAAACUGCCCCCCGUGUAUGUCAGGAAGGAGCGUAAGCGCCACAAAACGGAUCCAUCUGCUGCAGGAAGGAAGAAGAAGCAGCGCCACGGGGAGACGGUUAUCCCUCCCCGGUCACUCUUUGACCGAGCCACUCCGGGGAUGCUGAAAAUGAGGCGGGAAGGCAAAGAGCAGAAGAAGAACAUCCUUCUGAAGCAGCAGACCCAGUUUGCAAAGCCGCUCCCUACUCUUGUGAAGCCGGCUGCAGAGGCGGGCCAAGACAAUCCCGAGUGGCUCAUCAGCGAGGACUGGGCGCUCCUCCAGGCGGUCAAACAGUUGCUGGAGCUCCCUCUCAACCUUGCAGUCGUGUCCCCGGCUCACACGCCCAACUGGGAUCUUGUCAGCGACGUAGUGAACUCCUGCAGCCGAGUUUACCGCUCCCCGAAACAGUGUCGCAACCGCUACGAAAACGUCGUCAUUCCAAGAGAGGAAGGGAAGCUUAUGUAUGAAGCGAACCCUAAGAAGAAGACAAAAAGCAUUUAUAAGACAUUUAAUGAAUUAAUCCCUGCAACGCCCCAUCAGACAAAGAAUAGCCGACCACUUCGAACGAAUCAGCUGUAUGCCCAGGAUGAGGGCUCCACGCACACCCAGCUUUACACUAAUCAUUUUGAGAUUAUGAAAAUCAUUGCUGGGAAGAGAAGCCCACCUAUCAAACCCUUACUUGGUAUGAACCCUUUCCAGAAGAAUCCAAAACAUACUUCAGUACUCGCAGAAAGCGGCAUCAACUACGACAAGCCACUUCCUCCCAUUCAAGUUGCAUCUCUCCGAGCAGAGCGUAUCGCAAAGGAGAAGAAGGUACGUUGCGAAGGAGAUUCCAGUUCCUGCGCCGAAACAGCUCUGGCUGAGCAGCAACGGGCCCAGCAGCAAGCUGGACCUCAGCAGCAACAGCAGGCUGGCCAGCAACAAGCACAGCAGGCAGCAGUACAGCAAGCCCAGCCUCAGCCCCAGGCUCAAGCCCAGGUAGUCCAGCAGCCCCAGGCUGUGGUGCAGACGGCUGUCACCACUGUGGCAAACACUGCAGUGCUGGCUGGCACAAUGAAAACCUCGGUGACUGGGACAAGCAUGCAGACAGCUACAGUGAGCGGGAACGUUAUUGUAAAUACAGUGGCUGGAGUUCCUGCAACGACCUUUCAGCCAAUCAACAAGCGGCUGGCUUCGCCCGUGAUACCGGGAUCACUGGCGACCACAGGAGGAACGGCUACAGCCCAGGUGGUACAUACUCAACAGAGAGCAGCUGCCCCAUCUGCUGCAUCUGCCGAACUGGUGACCAUCGCAUCUACCCCAGGGGUCCGAGCAGUGACCUCGGUGACAGCGCCAGCGGUUGUCACUACUAACCUGACCCCGGUCCAGACCCAAGCAAGAUCCUUAGUCACUCAGGUUACGCCAGCAGCUCCAGCAGGUGUGCAGCUGUCGGGGAAGGCUAUCAGCCCGGCUCACUUCCAGCUCCUGCGGCAGCAGCAACAGCAGCAGGCAGCAGCAGGCCAGGUCCAAGUCUCACAGGCCCAGUCACCAGCCCAGAUUAAAGCUGUGGGGAAGUUAUCCCAGGAACAGCUCAUCAAGUUACAGAAGCAAAAGAUGCAGAUUCCCCAACAGCAGGCUGCCCAGCAGCAGGCCCAGCCCGGAGCCCAGCAACAGGCCUCUCAGGUUCAAGUGCAGCAGCAGCAGCAGACCCAGCAACUCACGGCUGUCGCAGCACCAAGGCCAGGGGCUGUCCUCACUGGCACCACCGUCACAAACCUCCAGGUUGCUCGCCUUACUCGUGUUCCUGCUUCCCAGCUUCAAGCGCAAGGCCAAAUCCAGGCCCAGGCACCGCAAGCAGCCCAGGUGGCCUUGGCGAAGCCUCCGGUGGUGUCUGUUCCAGCUGCCGUGGUGUCAUCUGCAGGGGUCACCACACUACCUGUCACAGUCGCUGGGAUUAGCGUCGCUAUUGGACAACCACAGAAAGCAGCAGGAGGACAGACUGUGGUGGCUCAGCCACUGAAUGUCCAGCAGCUCUUGAAACUCAAGCAGCAUCACCAGGCAGCCCAGCAGCAGAAAGCCAUCCAGCCUCAGGUUGCCCAAGGACAACCUGGUGUUCAGCAAAAGAUCAAUGCCCAGCAAGUCACUGUCCAGGCCCAACAGCAGACAUCACAGCAGCAGAAAGUCUACGCUACGCAACCGGCCAUCAAGGCACAGUUCCUACCAACGCCGAUUUCUCAGGCCCAGAAACCUGGUGGAGCCCAACAAGUCCAGACCCAAAUACAGGUUGCAAAGCUCCCACAAGUGGUCUCGCAACAGGCAGCGGUAGCCAAUAUUCAGCAGGUGGUGUCUGUUUCCCAGCAGGUUCAAGCUCAGCCACAGACGGUGACUUUGUCCCAGACGACAGCAGGACAGCACCAGGUCCAAGUCAUCCCUGCCACCACCGCCACUGCUCAGGUGGUUCCACAGAAACUGGUCCAGCAGCAGGUUGUCACAACAGCAUCUCCCCAGAUUCAGGCAGCCGGCGUACAGAACCCAUCCCAGGUUCCGGCAUCGUCUGACAGCCAGACUCAGCAAGCAAAAGUGCAAAUGAGGGCUCCGGUCAGGAUAAAGGCACCCAACAAACCCAGCUGAGUCCACGGUGACCUCACAGCAGUGAGCAAAGGAGGACACGCUGUUUGUGCUUCCUGCAAAUCUGGAGCCUGCAGACCUGUUUGCACAGGAAAAGCUUUGCCGGCAGUCCCUUCACCAGAGAGCCUCUCCCCAAAAAGCUGCAGGCGCACUUUGUGAUUCUGACCCUGUGUGAAGUUCCCAGGAAGGCCGCACGUUCAAACCAUACGCCGUGUAAAUAUUUAAAGACUUGGAUCUCUGCUUGUUUUCAUAAGAGAGAUAAGCGAAGAGGUUGCUCUCAAGUAUCCGUAGAAAUCUGCAUAGUCUAGCAUAUCACCAUCACUGCCAUAGGGAAAUCCUCUUUGAGUGGGUUUCAAAUGACUAAAAGGCAAUGCUCAGUCAAUGGCUGGCAGAGCAGGAGUCCUCUCCACUUGUUUUGAAGUUGAGUUGUGACAAGCCCUUCAUAAGUUGGCUGGGAGUGGGGCUUUGAUUGAAGCUCUCUCCAGAACAUUUAGCCAAUGCAUGUGAAGGUUUGUAAGUAUCUGUAAUUAUGAACCAUAUUUCAGUCUCCAUUUUUGUAAGUCCUUUUUUUAAAAAAGAAACAUUUGCUAGCUGUGUGUCAAGUUGUGUGUCCUGUUCCCCUCCCCACCUGUACAGUUUUUUUUAAAGCACUCACCCAUAGGCUUUCACUCUCAUUUUUUCCACUUUUAAGGUAAUAAUAAUCCAAGCAUGUGUCUUUGGGGGACAUAAAUACUACGUGAUAGUAUCCGUUUGUUUAAUUAUAACCCAUUGUUUCUCUUCCUACCCCACUUAAUUUGUAAAAAGAAAGGUUUCAUUAACGAUUGAUAAGCAAAAACGGUUCAUUGCCCUUAUUUCUCUCAUGGGGCAGCCAGACUGGGAGGAUGCCCUGGUAUUUUUUCCACUGUUGGGAUCUGUUUUAAUUGUCUCUGCUUUAUAGGAAGAGGAACUAAAAAAAUUCAGUCUAAAUUCUUUAGUUGAGUAAAGAACUGGAUCAAAAUGUUUGGGGCUCUUGUUUUAGCAAACGAUAAGAAACGAAAUCUUCAUGUGGGGCAUUUGUGGGUUGCUAAUUUUGCAAAUUUCGCCUGCCUUACUAAUUUUUGAGUUCCUGAGCAACUGUGAAACAAUCAGGGACAGCAGCUUCUGACUCCCUCAACCCCCCCCCCCCCAAAAAAAAUUCAUGGCAAAAUGUAUUUGCCAUGUGUUAAAAACUGACACUGCUUCUGGAACCUCAGAUUGUCUGCUGUUUUGGCUACUAUGCUGCACAAUGUGCCAUGAGAACAAAAUGAGAUAGUAUUAAAUGGUAGAAAGAGGACCAUGGUUCGCAGGGUGGGGGUUCUGCCGUUCUUCUCAGACUGACGAGCCAGCCCAUGACUACAGAGUCUGCCCAAAGCUUGUGGGUCACAGUGGGCUCUGUGCUAAGCUCUCGUGGAUUGGGGCCAACAUAGAUUCCUGUUCUGCCUACAGUACAUGAAUUAUUGGACUGCAACUGUUAGAGAGCACAGGCAAUGUUUUGAACCUGCAGAGCCCUUAGCCCUUUCAUUUAAAUUCAUUUCCCUAUUGCAACAUACCUGCUUUUAUUGGAGCAUCAGUUUUUACAAUUGUCAGUUGUGUGUGUGUGUUUGUUUGUUUUUAUAAAAAAUAAGUGUUUGUACAUAAAAGAAGUAGAGACAGAUCAACCCUCCCUCGAUAGCUUUGUACUAUUAUGUUUGUUGGUUUGUGUUUGUGAGAGCUGCUAUUACACAGGCAGCGGAAGAAUUAAAAUGCAAGCUGAAGGCAACGACAACACACACAAAAAAGAUGGUUGGGAGCCACUUUGAAUGUCUCUUGUGUUAGCAGAGGGCUUGCCAAACUAGUACCCUCCAGAUGUUAUGGACUACAACUCCCAUGAGCCCUCACCCGCAGAGGUGGCUGGGAACCACCCAGAAUAUUUCUUGCGUUAGCCUCUGGAGAUGAGUGGGUCAUGCAUAGACGCUGGUUCCUGGGAGAUCAUUGCGCCUAUUUCAUACCAUAUACUGAUUUCCACCACCCCCCUCCAAAAAGUGUAGUUAGUUCUGGUUUUACUUCUGGAAAAAAUGUUUAUAUCUUUAUUAUGUGUAUAAAUGCAGUGGGGUGUAAAUGUAAACAAAAAAGAAAACGUAAAGGUCCCCCCCCCCCGCAUUUUUUUUGACAGCCUCUGUGUUUGGUUUUGAUUGUGUCAGCAGAAGCAAUGUCUAUUUCUACAGACAGUGAAGAUGAAAAUUAGACUCUUCCCCUCUGUCUCUCCCUCCUCUUCCCUCUCUCUCACAAAAAGUGUGUUAGAAAGCCAGUCUAAUUUGUAAAUAUCUUUAUGAACAUAAAACAUUUGUACUUGACCAGUAGGAUUGUAAGGACUUGUGAUGUAUCCUACCUGAAGGUGUAAUAAAGUGUACAUUUUUAUAA